GGGACCGUCUCCUCUUGGUUACUGGAUCUUUGUUGUCAAACGUUGCUAAGGAAGUCGGAGCUUCUCCUGUAAAAACUUCUCCUCAUCGAGAGCAGACAGCUGAGCACGAGACGUAACGUCACUUCAGAAGGUCUGUGUCACUUAAGCGAUGAGAGAAGUUUUACCAUCUGACCACAGCAGGUCUCAGACGUGACAAGAGGAUGACUGAGAAUGGCGAGGAUGGCGGCGUCCAUCAGCUCAGUGAAGCUCCUGACAUAAGGGGUUCAGUUGUCAAGGACAGCCGGCCACUCAAAGCCUCCUUAGUGGAUGUCAAGCAACAACAUGAUGCCCUUAAACUCACUGCUAGGAACAGAGAGGGAGAGCUCAUUCCUUACCAGCCGCGGCCACCCUUAAUACCCAGGCAGACAAAGUCCAAGAGGAGUAUCUCCGUUGAGGAGACGGUGAGAAACAGGAGGCUGAGAAACAGCCAGGAGAGCCUGAGUGACCCGGCUGAGACCGGCUCCUCCACAGACUCGCUUAGAGACGACCAAACAGGACCAAAUCCAGGUGGGUUCAUCGUCAGUAGCGCUGCAGCCGUCAGGAACCAGGACUCCGGUGCGAGACCCGUCUCUGCCACUUCCACAGGAUCCCAAGUCUUCCGGGAGCGAGGCAGCAGUCUCUCAGAAUAUGAGAGGAGGCCCCACAGCCAGCAGAGCGACCCCACGGACCAGCAGGCGCGGUCCACCAAGGUGCGCCUGUCCCCGGUGCAACCCACGGGGCCCCUGCCCGCUCUGGAGAAGGGCUUUGUGGCAGCCACUUUAAAGGCAGCUAAUAGGAUUGACAGGGAUUGUUUGGAUUAUGCCGUUCUGGCCAGAGAGAAGCUCGGGGAGAGACUCCACAGGAACCUGAGCGACAGCCGGCUCCUGGAGAACAUGGGGUCGGAUAGCGCCUCUGUCAACUCCAUGAGGUCCACGUACAGCGUGCUCAGCCCCAUCAGACCUCAGGACGUCAGGAACAGGAGUUUUCUGGAGGGCAGCGUGCUGGGAAGCGGGGCGCUGCUCGGGGCUGAGGAGCUGGACCGCUACUUCCCCGACAGGAGACUGGGCGUCUUCAUCGCCACGUGGAACAUGCAGGGAGAGAAGGGGCUUCCACUCAACUUAGACGAUCUCCUCCUUCCAACUGACUCCGAAUUUGCACAAGACUUUUAUAUCAUCGGGGUUCAGGAGGGCUGUCCUGACAGGAGGGAGUGGGAGACUCGACUUCAGGAGACACUGGGACCUUAUUACGUCAUGCUGUAUGCAGCAUCACAUGGCGUUUUGUUUCUCACUGUAUUCGUCAGAAGGGACCUCAUCUGGUUCUGCUCAGAAGUGGAACACGCCACAGUCACGACCAGGAUCAUCUCCCAGAUCAAGACCAAAGGGGCCGUGGGAAUCGCCUUCACCUUUUUUGGAACUUCCUUCCUCUUCAUCACAUCCCAUUUUACCUCUGGAGACGCCAAAGUUUACGAGAGAAUCCUCGAUUACAACAAGAUCAUCGAGGCUCUAGCUCUUCCCAAAGGCCUUCCAGACACAAACCCUUACCGCUCCAUGCAGUCUGACGUCACCACGAGAUUCGACCAGGUCUUCUGGUUUGGAGACUUUAACUUCCGGCUGAGUAAGGACCGCGGCGAGGUGGAGAGCAUCAUGAGCCGCACCACAGGAGGCGACAUGGGCCCCCUGCUGGAGCACGACCAGCUCUCUAAGGAGAUGAAGGAGGGUUCUAUCUUUAAAGGCUUUCAAGAGGCACCGAUACGAUUUCCCCCAACGUACAAAUUUGACAGCGGCUGCGACGUCUACGACACAACUUCUAAACAGAGAACGCCUUCGUACACUGACAGGAUCCUGUUCAGGAACAGACAGGCCGACGACAUCAAAGUGGUCAAAUACAGCAACUGCUCCGGCAUCAAGACCUCAGACCAUCGACCCGUCAUCGGUGUCUUCCAGGUCAAACUGAGACCGGGCAGAGACAAUAUUCCUCUGGGUGCGGGACAGUUCGACCGAGGCGUGUACCUGGAGGGCAUUCGGAGGAGGAUCAACAGAGAGCUGAAGAGGAGGGAAGCCAUGAAGCACCAAGGUAGCAGCUCAGUCUGCGCCAUCUCUUAGACCCUUAAAGUGGAUUCUGUGGACCAGGCCAGACUGGACCAGGCUGGACUGGAUCCAACUGUUCCAGAAACAGAUGGAAAAGGACCAAAAGGGAAACCAGAGUUGUCUUGAAGUCCCGCUCCGGGGAAAAAUCAUGUUUUUACGUCCCCUUUGUGCCUUUUUAUUUGACAGAAGACAUAUUAACACCGUAACACUGCAGUAAACAAAGGCCAGUCUGAAAAUAAUGAAUUCGAACAGGCAGGUUCAGAAAGCAUUCCUGUCAACCUGUGGGGGAGCGAGGCUCAGCUACAGGUGAGCUGAGACGGGGAGCAGGAGGCCUCACUUUCCUCACAAUCACAGAUCACGAAAUAAGAAAGGAACGUGUAGAGCUGUAUUCAAGGCAUUAAACCUUUGAAUAUUUCAUUUUGAGGUACAAAGAUGAUCUUUCUGGGGGAUUUGUUAAAGUACCGGAGUGGGGCUUUAACUAAACAGAACCAAGUGCAGGUUGUGGUAACUGAGCAGACAGCGCCCUCUGUUGGACAUUCUGGAGAACUUUUUGUGUGUGUGUUUGUGUGUGUGUGCGCUGAGGGAGUGUCUGACUGUCCUUGAGGGCAGGGACCUUGAGGUCAUUCAGACAAGCAGAGAUUCACAGACACAGCUGCAGUCUGGCCUUUAUUUAUUCAGCCCCCUCGGCCCAAACUCAACAGGUAAAGCCUUGGGGGGGGGGGGGGGGGGGUCGUUUUUGCUUCACUCUUCAGUCACACGUCGCAGUGUGAGCUGAUGUAACUGCAUUUUAUUUUUCUAAUUCAUUUUAUAGCUAUUUGAAAAGCAUCAUGAAACCCAGUGUUAACGUUUUUGUCUGAAAUUUGUCAUUGUUGUUGAAAUGCCUUGUGACUUAGGGAAUCACAGGUAAGUGCAGUAAAAGUUUCACUGCACCUCAUGUCACACUGGUCGGUUUUUACCUUUUAAAGAAGAAGAAGGGAGCUGUUCCAUUGUUUCUGUCAUAGAGUCAAAUGGUAUGAAGUCUGUUACACUACUACAGGGAUGCGGUCGUUACACGGUACUGUUGAAUUUUAAGUGUAUCUGAUGUUUUAUUUUUUAUGGAACUCACUUCCUGUAAAAUAGACGGAGGAUUUUAUUUAUUUACGUUAUUGCCUGUCACACAUGUUUCUCUUAUCAGGCCAAGUGAUCCUUUACAGCAGAUUCUAACUCAUUGCCUUAACCUCCCACCACCCUGCUGCGUAACCUCACAUAUACUGUAACCUCUCCAUGUACUGUAUGUCACAUUAAUGUUUCCAUCAUGAAGAGCAGUCGGCUCCACGAAAAGUGCCUGUAGGUCUUGUUUUCAUAUCCUCAGGACCUUUUUGUCUUUUUCUAUGUUCGCCUGUGAUGUCACAGCGUUAAUAAACAUUUUUAAACACUU